AAUAUUGUUCAAGUUGAGAUUCUAAUAAAAAUAUUUAUAUCCAGCUUCAAUUGACAUUCUUUGGAAAGUUGAGCUAUAUUUUAAAAAAGGAAUUCAAGGGAUCGUGGAUAUAAAAUAUCAUUAAGUUAAGUCCAUAGUCGACAACCUGGCUGUCAAAAAACUGACAUGUAUGCAAACGUAAACAUAACCUUUUUAAAUUUAGAAACAUAACCUCAAAAUAUUGAAGGAAAAGUCUUCAUGUUAUUCAGAAAAGAUUUGUUUUUUGCAAAAAAAUAUCGUGCCAUGAGUGUUUUUAUACAAAAACUCAACCCAAUAACGGGAAUUAACGAUUGGAUAGUGCAAAAUGAAGAUUACGAUUAUCACCAAGAAGUGGCGAGGGCAUCAUUUGCCGACAUGCUUCAUGAUACCGAACGGAAUCAACUGUACGAAAAGGCAUUAAUUGCUGCAAUCGAUAAGAUGCACCUUAAAGGUAAAAAAGCGAAUGUGCUUGACAUUGGGACUGGUACAGGGCUUUUGUCUAUGAUGGCAGCUCGUAACGGAGCUGAUUCAAUAGUAGCAUGUGAAGCUUUUAAACCAAUGAGCGAAUGUGCAAAAAAAAUUAUUAAGCUUAAUGGCUAUGAAGACAAAAUUAAGGUGAUACACAAACGUUCUACGGAAUUAACUGUAGGAAAAGACUGUGAUUUAACGGAGAGAUGCAAUAUUUUGGUCACUGAAGUAUUUGAUACUGAGUUAAUUGGUGAGGGUGCAUUAUCUACUUUUAGUCACGCGCAUAAAACUUUAUUGGAAGAAGAUUGUAUAGUUGUGCCAGAGUCAGCAACUAUUUUUGCUCAGGUUAUUGAGUGUCCCUUAGUGCAAGAUUGGAAUAAAUGCAAAGAUAUCUUUGAUGAAGAUGGGAAAUUGUUAAUAGCUGUUCCAAAAAAUAUUACUUAUUGUGCAGGAUCAUCUGCUGUGCAUGAUAUACAAUUAAGUCAAAUGCCUACAGAAUCAAUCAACACAAUAGUUUCCCCAAUACCAGUAUUACGUUUUGAUUGGUCUGGAAGAACACCUUUUGUUUACGAGAGAUCCACUAUAAACAGUGUGAAAGCAGAGGCUAGUGGUAAGGUACAUGCUAUUUUUAUGUGGUGGGAACUCCAAAUGGACACUGAGAAUAAAAUUAUUUUAUCGUGUGCCCCUAAAUGGGCUCACCCACUUGGCAAAACAAAUACAGAAUCGGAAAUUCCAUGGAGGGAUCAUUGGAUGCAAGCUGUUUACUAUUUAGCCAAAGACUUUACAGUUGAAAAAGGAGAAGAGUUAAAUCUAAUUAGCUGUCAUGAUGAGUAUUCUUUGUGGUUUAACAUAAGCAAAGAUUUAAAAAUUAUUGACAUGCAUUAUUUGAACCCUAUUUGUGAAUGCGGUUUACACAUAUCAUUUUCAAGAACAAGGAUAGGCCAAAUAAAUGAUAACAAAAGAAACAAAAAAUACAUAUCCCUUUUACAAAAGCAUGUUAGUUCAGAAAGCACAGUAUUAAUUUUAAGUGAUGGGUUUUUCACUGCUCUAGCUGCUGCCAAAAUGGGAGCUAAAAAGGUUUAUGUGAUAGAGACCAGCAGCAUUUGUAGUCGAGUUCUUCAAGAUUACAUCAACUAUAAUAAGCUAGAAAAUGUAACAAUAAUUCGCACAAUAAAUCAACUUGUAAAAGAUAAUGUUCAGGACAUAAACUUGGUUAUUUCUGAACCUUAUUUCACCAGCAGUAUACUUCCCUGGGACAGCCUUUUAUUCAUUUAUCUUCUAAAAGGGCUCCAAACUUGCUUGACAAGUGAUGCCAAAGUAUUUCCCCAAAAAGCAAUUGUUAAGGCAGUUUGUGUGCAAUUCAAAGACUUGCAUAAAAUAAGAUCACCUUUGGUAAAUUGUGAAGGAUUUUUGAUGGAUCAUUUUGAUAAACUUAUUGAGGAAUCUAGCGAUAUUAGUGACGAUAAUGUGGAGGCUCAGCCGCUUUGGGAAUAUCCCUGCGUUGCGUUAACUAACGAACAAGAAAUUUCCAUGUUAGACAUUCUAAAUAAUCCGACGACUCUGCAAGAAUCUAGUGGGUGUUUUCAAAUAUCAAGUGAUUUGGAAUGCAAUGGAAUCGCAAUUUGGAUAGAUUGGGUACACGAUGGCUCAGUUAUUUCAACAGGUCCCACAGAACCCAUUGUGGUGGGUGAAAAAAUCGAAUGGGACAUACACACGCGACAAGGAGUCUGUUUAUUCCCUAAUACACUUAAAAAAGCAAUUAAUUAUGAUUUUAAGUUUGAUUUUAUAAGUGGAAAUAUUUUAUUUAAAUAUAAGUUUUAAUCUAUGA